AUGCACAGGAACGUGCGGACCACGCUCAUUUUCGGCGGCUUUAUCUCCCUGGUUGGCGCUGUCUUCUACCCCAUCUACUUCCGGCCCCUCUUGCGGCUGGAGGACUACAAGAAAGAACAAGCCAUAAAUCGAGCUGGUAUUGUUCAAGAGGAUGUGCAGCCCCCAGGGUUAAAAGUGUGGGCUGAUCCGUUUGCCAGGAAAUGA